GUUCUGCUUGCUUCUCUAGAUUUAUUCAGUAUUUUUGCAUGUCUUGUGAUUAUUUUUUCAGAUUCGCCGAACAAGUGCCUAGUUCUUCCUGGUUUUAUUUUUGAUUUAUCAUUCGGACAGGACACGUCCUGUCUCACAUGAUACUUUGAAAGAAAAUAGUUUUGUAGACCUCACAUGCCCGUCAUUGACGAGAAAAUGUGUUUCAAAGCGGUCAAGAAACCCAAAGAAUUCGUUACAGCGUACGAUGUUCAAGGGAUGAGGAGGCUCAUGGUCCCUGAUAGAAACCCAAUUGACAUACCGGGGAUUUUACCCAAAUCUGAAUUCGAAAGACUAAAAAAUCAGGCACAUAUUGUGACUCUAAAAGAUAGAAUGAUGAUGUUGGACGAGGCGGAACAAAAGAAAAACGCCUUGCAACGAGAGAGUGAGAAGAGAAAAGAAUUCUUGCAAAAAGUUCAAAAGAAACAAACCGCAAAACCUGGAACAACGUUAAGUGACGUCGAACGCGAAGCGAAAUCUCGAAACAUGUAUCUUUUGAAACGCUCUUUCGACUUAAUGCAGGAACAAGACAAUAGGGUAAAACGAGCCAAUGGUGUGAUUCUUGCGACGAAAUGUCGUGCAAUCAGAAAUGCACAAAUUGCCGAAAAGGAACUGAUAGAGAAACAACUGCAAGAAGAAAACCGCCGUCUUGACCUAAUGAUGGAACAGCAGCGCCAGAAAGCAAUGGAAGAAGAAGCAAAACGCAAACAAGAAGAAGAAAGGAAGAAGCAAAACUACGUGACUGCUUUAUCCGACCAAAUGCGCAUGAACGAAAUCGAACGAAUGAUCGAAGCCGAGCAGAAGGAAGAAGAGAGCCGAAUGAUCAACAAGGCGUUCCUUGCCAUCCAACAGGAGGAAGAACAAAAGUUGAGGGAAAAAAAGGAGUUGCAGCAAAAAAUCCGAAACGAUUUGAAGAAAGCAAACGAUGAUUUAGAACGCUACAAAUUGAUCCAGAAAGAGGAGCAGAGAAUCGCCGAUUUGAGGAUCCAAAAGUUCAUGCAAGAAAAACUAGAUCGUGAAAUGGCCCGCGACCAAGAACUGGCGCUUGCCAAGGCGGCCAAGGAGCAGGAAAUCAUAAGAAUGCGAAACCAGCAGCAAAGAUCGCAAGACAUCAAAGCGGCAAUGGACGAAAUGAACGCCUUGCGCAUCCAGGAAGAGGUCGAACGCAAGUGGAGAGAAAAGGAAAUUGCGGCUGCCAAAGCCAAAAAGGAGCAGCAAGAAAUGUUGAAGCUUGAAAGAGAGAAGCAGAUUAACGAUUUGAGGAGAGCAGCAGCUAUCACGUUGGCACGGGACGAGGAAGAUUUUCACAGAGUGGCCAAAGUGCAAAGGGAGCAGUGGGAGAAGGAAAUGGAAUUGAACAAGAGGAAGAAGGAGAAGGCGGAACAACACCGCACGGAGUUACUCAAGCAAAUUAAUGAGAAGGAGAAGGAGAGGAUUGUGGUUCAGAAGGAGAAGUUUGAGGAAGCUAAUUUACAACAAAUCGAACAGCAGAGGAAGGAUUUGCAUGUUAAGGAGCAUUUGAGGCAAAAGAUUGAGGCGUUGAGGAAUAAGCAAUUACCGGAACGGUAUAUCAAGGAUAUUGAGCAUCAUAUUGAAGGCAUUAUUAAUACGGAAUGAUGUGUAAUUGCAUUGAAAUGACAAAAUAAAGCACGGACAAUCAUAAA